AUGGGCAACCCCAAUCUCCUCAACUGCAAGAAUAUCCCCACCGGAACUAAGCUUUGCCUCCCAUUCCCCUGCACGCCCAUAUACACCCUCAAGGAUGGCGACACGUACUCUUCGAUCGAAAGGUCCCUUGGCCUGCCCUAUUCCGCGGGCUACAACAUCCGCAAAUACAACCCGUGGAUCACCUGCAGACCCUCCAACAUCUACGAUGCCAGCGUUGAAAUAUACGGAACGACCCUCUGCGGAGGACCCCAAGGCGGAAUAGCAAACGGUACCACGCCCCCGUCCUCCUUUGACUACGGCUUCGAGAUACUACCGCCCACCAAUGUAACAGUCGCCGAAGGCACGACCUAUCGAUGUGCGCGAUGGUACAUCGUGGGGGACCAAGACGUCGAUGAAAAAACAGCAUGCACGAAGCUAUGCUUGCAAAAGUCUAUCGACUGGAAACUGUUUUUGGCGGCUAAUCCGUCCUUGGCGACGGGGGUUUGCGACGAGAAGCUUGUGGUGGGAAGUGCUUAUUGCAUUGAGGUUUCCCCCAAUUAUAUCGACCAUGAUGAUGAGGAGGAGGGUGAAGACAACGAGGAUGAUGAUGUAUCGUAA